GAAGAAGCCAACGUGGUGCUGACGGGCACGGUGGAGGAGAUCAUGAACGUGGACCCCGUGCACCACACCUACUCCUGCAAGGUGAGAGUCUGGCGUUACCUGAAAGGCAAAGACAUCGUCACCCACGAGAUCCUGCUGGAUGGGGGGAACAAGGUGGUGAUCGGGGGCUUUGGGGACCCCCUGAUCUGUGACAACCAAGUCUCCACGGGGGACACGAGGAUUUUCUUCGUCAACCCCGCCCCGCAGAGCCUCUGGCCGGCUCACCGCAACGAGCUGAUGCUCAACUCCAGCCUCAUGAGGAUCACCCUGCGUAACCUGGAGGAGGUGGAGCACUGUGUGGAAG